CAUAGUAUCGACAACAGGCGACUUCAAUAAAUUUCAUUGAUGAUAUGAGUCUUGCUAAAAAAAAAUUGAAGAACAGCGCCAUAUCAUUCAAGGAAAUAGAAUGAUGAUCGUUAUAUAUGAGCAUUUGCGAUUGAUGUAUAUUAACUUAGUAAAAAUGAUGGUAUGAAAUAAUGAAUAAGAUGCUUUAAGACGUGGGUUUUGUUAAAUAUAAGACAGCAGCAGAAGUUCUGCUAGAAAACCAGAAUUUUAAUAUCGAUGAAUUUAACGUCUCUGUUUGAAAUUUCUUGUUUUUUUUUUAAAUAGAUAUUUCAACUAGAAAAACGACUUCCACAAUAGUAAACAAUCAACAUAAGAUUCAUGCGGAGUACAAGUAAGCCUUUUUGUGCUAAUGAUAAGAAACGUUAAAAGAGAGUAUUGCUACAAAGUAAAAUAAUAUCAUAGACCAUUAUCAACAUCAUCAAUUCCGGUAUAUUGGAGCAAUCGAGCAAAGUUUAUUCACAUCGAUUUGACAACUAACAACGAUAACUGUAGUGAAGAUAUUACUUUGGCAAGGUUAGAAACUGCUGUUUCAAAAUUAUUAUCAAUUCAUGAUGUGAAACUCUAUACUGAUUCAUUACGAGAUAUUUACUUAAGAAAAGAUGAUGCUAUUGAUCUAUUGAUAUUAUCGAAUGAAAUUCUAUUUCUUAAAACGCCAGGUUUUCAUCGUACACCAGUGGCUGAACAAACAAUUACUAUCAACAUUCGAACUGUUUGGCACAAGAUGACACCAUUUACAAUCACAUGUUCAAAUAGGAUCACAACCAAGGAAUUAAAACAAAUGAUUGAAAUGCAAAAUCCAUCGUUGAAGGUAAAACAUCAAAGAUUAAUUCAUGAAACACAUUGUGUUGGAAACCGACGCUUAUCGGAUAUUGAUUCAUACCGAGCUGCACAAGGGUUAGCUGCACUUUCAAAUGAUCAUUUUUUUGAUGAUGGUCUACUGUUGAGCGAGUGCAACAUUAAUAAUAAUACAACGUUAUAUGUUGUUCGUUCUAAAUGUACCAAUAGAGAGACAACAGAAAUAAUUGCGAUGCUUCCAGUCGAUUUACAGAUACAUGUGGUUACUGUCGGACCUGACUAUGAAGAUAAAAAGACCACAACAAUCAAUUGUUCAACAGAGACGACAAUCCAGGAAUUGAAAUCGAUGAUUUCAGAUCAAGUUAUUGGUGUCGAUAAUCGAAUUAUCGUUUACGGUGUUCACAAGUUAGAUGAAAGAAAACGACUAGCAGAUUAUAAUAUUGAAAAUAAUGAUAUUCUAUUUUGUCGAACACCAUUUGUCGGCGUAGUCUUUGUUAGAAGUUUAACAGGAAAAACUAUAACAAUUAAUAUUUAUUCCGAAGAAACGAUUGAAUCGUUUAAAUCAAAAGUGAAAAGUAAAGAGGGUAUACCAGUUGAUCAACAACGAAUUAUCUUUGCCGGAAAACAAUGGGAAAAUGGACGUUUAUUAUCGGAUUAUUUCAUACUGACUGAAUCGACGGUUCAUCUUCAGUUAAGACUACGUGGUGGUGAACAUAAGUCGACGGAAGCUUCAUUUGUUGAUCUAUCAGAUGAAAGUAAAAUAAAAAAAAUUGAAUGGAACAGCGAAGCUCCACCAUGGCGUACGGCCAAUGUUGGUCUUUGUUUGGAAGGUAAAUGUGAAAAUUCAUGUUGUGAAGCAUUCAAUUACUCUGUUAUUAUCAAUAAAGAAAUGGGUAUAUUUGAUUUUAUUAAUAAUAAGAAUACCAAUUGUCCACAAUGUCAUGCUCAUGUCGCUGUUCUAACAUGUGCAUUCAAUAAUUGUCAAUGGAGAUGGUUCGGAAUCAAGUGUGAACCGAAAACUGAUCGACUAGUUCAAAUUAAAAUCGAUGAUGGUGGAGCUAAAUUGGUUACUUGGCAAAAACUCAUCAUUCAAACCAGGAGAACACGAUACAACGAUGAUUGUAUUAUAUGUCUGGAGAAAAUUUCAGAAGAAGAACAACAGCAAUUAACUAUAACAAAGUGUAAACAUGUAUAUCAUAAGGAAUGUUUACAACAAUGGAUCGAUGCUGGUGGGGAUACAUGUCCAUUUUGUCGGCAAUUUUUAAUUAUAUCCUACAAGGAGGAUAAUUAUAUAACACAAAAAAAUCAUUGA